ACCACAUCGUAUUACAUACAACGAGAGAAAACAUAUCCGUUAAGGAUCUCCCAUCUCCAAAACUUCCCCUGCUCUCUGUUGCUCUCUCUCUCUAAGACUAUUCUCUCUCCUCUUUUCAAUGCUUCACCCUGUUUUAAGUGCCCCCAAGUUUUUGUUCUCGCCAUGAACUUUGCUUUCUCUUCUUCCUGUAGCUUACCCCCAUUAAGCCCCUCAAUUGCUCGUCGGUUUUUCGCUUCUCUUACUCCUCUCGUCCGAUUCCUUUCGUUCUCUCUCCUCUUCAAAACCAAAUCACAAAUUUAAAUUUUAGUCAGUAGCUCCUCAAAUUCUCACCGAAACCAACCAUUAGUCCUCUUCACCGGGACUCUUGCGGCUUCUAUUCGUCGCUCCUCCAAAACUGUGCGUACCAAAAGGCUAUUAAACCAGGAAGUGUGUCCCAGUUCCAUUCGGACUUGACACGAAACACCUGCAUUCAUUCAUGGCCUCAACUCUACUUUCUCCCUCGUCACCCUUGAUCUCUCUAAAUGGCACUGAAAUCUUGAACCCUGAGCCUCUCUCUAAUGGCAGGACGUGUGCUCCAAUACUGCUCCCUCUACCCAAUAUCGACAUAUUGAAGAGAUACUCUACUAUGUUGCAGACAUGUGCUCUGAAUCUCUCUCUUAAGCAAGGCCAAUCCGUUCAUGCCCACGUUAUCAAGGGUGACACCAAGCCAGAUUCACACAUUUUGAAUUCUCUGGUGAAUCUUUAUGUAAAAUGCAGGAAACCCAAUUGUGCGCGUAAAGUUUUUGAUGAAAUGUAUCAGAGAGAUGUGGUCUCAUAUAAUUCCCUUAUAGCUGGGUACAUUGCUCAGGGAGAGUGUGAAAAGGGCUUGUUUUUAUUUCAGGAGAUGGUCAGAGCGGGAAUUCAGUUUAAUGGGUUCGCUCUCGCUACUGGUUUGAAGGCCUGUGCUAUGUGCACAGCCAUUCGAUUGGGCAUGCAAAUGCAUGGGCAAGCUUUAAAAACUGGGUUUCUUUCUGAUUUGUUUGUGGGUUGCGCACUUGUCGAUAUGUAUGCAAAGUGUGGAGACAUGGAUUGCGCAGAGAGAGUUUUUCAUGGCAUGCCUUUGCAUAACAUGAUUUCUUGGAAUGCUUUGCUAGCCGGGUAUAUUCAUAAUGGAUGCAUUGAGGAGGCACUGUCAUUGUUUAAUCAGAUGAUUGAAAAAGGUAUGAGAUUUAGCAAUUUUACUUUGGCAAACAUGCUUAAGGGCUGCUCUAUUUUGGGCUCGUUGAGAGAUGGGAGAGCAAUCCAUGCUGUGAUGAUCAAAAUCGGGUGUGAGCUUGACAGGUUUUCUAAAAACAGUCUUCUUGACAUGUAUGCGAAAUUUGGAUUGAUUGAGGAAGCUUGUAAGGUGUUUUCAAGGAUGAGAGAGAAGGAUGUGGUGUCUUGGAGUACAAUGAUUGCAUGUUGUGAUCAAGAAGGCUAUGGCCAAGAGGCAGCCAUGCUGUUUAGAGAUAUGAGACGGGCUGGCAUGGUUCCGAAUGAGUUUACUCUUGCUAGCCUUGUUAGUGCUGUGACAAAUGUGGGCGAAUGGUGCUAUGGCCGGUGCGUACAUGGCUAUAUCGCAAAAGUUGGGUUCUUAAUGGAUUGUUCAGUAGGAAAUGCGUUGAUUUCAAUGUACAUGAAGUUUGGGAUUGUGGAAGAGGGUUCCAAAGUUUUUGCCGCAAUGGUCAGUCGCAAUGUGGUUUCAUGGAAUGCUCUUCUUUCAGGAUAUCAAAAUGAGGACAAUUGUGAGGAGGCCCUUAGGAUCUUCAAUUGUAUGCUAUUAGAAAGGAUUAGGCCCAACAAGUACACAUUUAUCAGUGUCCUGAUGUCUUGCACCGACCUUCAAACCAUAAAUUGCGGAGAACAAAUUCAUGCCUAUGUUGCCAAGAGUGGCAUCGAAGAGGACCCUUUUGUGGCAAACUCUCUCCUUGACAUGUAUGCAAAAUGUGGGCAACUGGAGAGGGCACAGAGGGUGUUUGAUGGUCUCUUGGCGAGGGAUGUGUUCUCCUGGACUGUGCUAAUCUCGGGUUAUGCACAGAGGGGGGAGGGGGAGAAGGCAUUUGAAUGCUUUCACCAAAUGCAACGAGAAGGCGUGCAUGCUAAUGGUUUCACCUAUGCGAGCACCCUAAGAGCAAGUUCUAGUAUGGCAGCUUUGGGAAAUGGUUGCCAAAUCCAUUCUUGGGUAGUCAAGAGCGGGCAUCUAAACGAUGUUUUUGUGAUGAGUGCACUUGUUGACAUGUAUGGGAAAUGUGGGUGCAUCGAGGAAGCAGAGACCUUAUUCGAUGGCAUGGAUACAAGAGAUGUGAUCUCAUGGAACACCAUCAUAUGUGGAUAUGCGCAAAAUGGGUAUGGAGUGAAGGCUCUUGAAGCCUUUCAAAGUAUGGUAGAUGAAGGUGUAAGACCUGAUGAGGUGACAUUUAUUGGAGUUCUUUCAGCCUGCAGCCAUGUGGGCUUGAUCAAACAGGCGAGGAUGCAUUUUGAUUCAUUAGAAAGUUCUUAUGGAAUCACUCCUACCAUGGAGCACCACGCAUGCAUGGUUGAUGUCCUUGGCCGAGCAGGCCAUCUUGAUGAGGUUGAAAGCUUUCUCGAUCAGAUGGAUCUUACUCCCGAUGCUUCGAUAUGGCGGACGGUUCUUGGUGCUUGCAAAAUACAUGGGAACAUUAAACUAGCGGAGAAAGCUGCAAAGAAACUCUUUGAGUCAGAGCCACGUACUGACUCUACUUACGUUCUAUUAUGCCACAUCUAUGCAUCUGCCCAAAGAUGGGAUGAUGUUGCUAGGGUUAGGCAGAUGAUGAUUUUGAGGGGAGUGAAAAAGGAACCUGGGUGUAGUUGGAUAGAAGUUGAUGGUCAAGUUCAUGUGUUUUUGUCUCAAGAUGGUUCGCAUCCACAGGCAGUGCAAAUCUAUGGCAAGAUAGAGGAACUCAAGGACCGACUAGCUCUAGAAGGAUAUGUUCCUAACAACAGCCUUGUGCUCCACAAGAUAGCUGAUGAGGAGAAAAAGGCAUCGCUUUUUCACCACAGUGAAAGGCUGGCCCUUGCAUAUGGACUGAUACAGGGCACCUCUGGAAAAGUUAUUCGUAUUUUCAAAAAUCUACGCAUCUGUAGGGAUUGCCAUAUUGCCAUUAAACUCAUAUCCAAAAUCACCAAUAGAGAAAUCAUCAUCAGGGAUGUUAGCCUUUUCCACCACUUUCAGAACGGUUAUUGUUCCUGCGGAGAUUAUUGGUGAUGUCUCUCUUUACGGCAUUAUGUUUGUCGGCCAAUUUAUAAUGUACUGAUCGUGAUCCUACAAAACCAAUUACUACAAACUUUUUAGAUGCGAAGCGGUGACUGGGUCUCUUAUAUGGCAUGGCGUAUUUUCCUCACAAAUAAAGAACUAGGAUUUCAUGGCUCCAUUGCGACUAAGUUGUUUUGCAUCUUGGGGAGACAAGAGCUACAAUAUUAGCAGUCUAAUGUUGACUGCAGAUCUGCUCAGAAUCAAGCAACAAUACAGGAGGGAAACUCGAGAUACUCAAAAGAUGGAAAUUCUACAGCCAUUCGACUUUCCUCUCGUUGAUCCCUAUGCUGGUUUCUAACAUUUCCUCGAGCAUUAGAAGACUGUGGAUCAACACUAGAUGUUCAAUAACUAUGACACAAAUGUCAUGGAAGGGAUCCUGGAUCUUCAUAGCCAUUUCAAUAUAUAAUUCCAGCACUUGCUUAGAGAAACUAAUACUGAAGCUGAUAGAUUGUGAUGGGGGUGCUCUCUCAAGCACAAUCUAAAUUGAGAUGUGAUAGAUGGCAAAUUCUGUUGACUCGUAUUUCCUCCUAAGAAUACAUCCAUCUUCUUUGAAUUUCUUGAUGCAACUUGAUGUAUACUAAUCCUAUGCUAUGACUUCAUUCAUAAUCUAAAACAAAAGAGACUAUGUACUGGAUUCAUUUUAUUCAUUGUAAAUUAAUGAAAAUAACGGUAUAUGUUUUCA